CUAACUUGUGCCCUCUGGGAUUUUUUAUGCCAAUAUAAUCACAUCUAUUGUUAUUGAUCAGUUUGUGCAAAACAAUCCAUUUUCUAUAAAGUCGCGUCUUAUCGUGUGUGCUCCCGAGUCUGUGUUCUCUAAUCAAUAUGUGAAGUUGGUUUCAGAGAAGAAUCAAGUGAGGAGAAGACAGAGUUUGAUGCAAUGAUGAUCAACCAAAACUGAACAAGACUAAGUGGAGGAAGGUUGCAUUUCUAAAGCACACACGAAUCAUCUUUUUAUAUAAUCAUUCUAUUACAUUUACCGUGUUUGUGUAAUUAUUGCAAUCAUGGGUGAACGUCGUGGCACAAAAGCGCUAGAAUUAUGGUGUCGUCGAAUGACUACUGGAUAUUCUGGGGUCAAAAUUGAGAACAUGACAACAUCUUGGCGUGACGGACUUGCUUUUUGUGCAAUUAUUCAUCAUUUCCGUCCAGAUCUCAUUGAUUUUGAUAAACUCGACAAGAAUGACAUUUAUUACAACAAUGAAUUGGCAUUCAGAACAGCCGAAAUUCACCUCGGAAUCCCUGCCUUGUUGGAUGCGUCUGACAUGGAGUCCCAUGAAGUGCCAGAUCGUCUCUCUAUUUUAACGUAUCUCUCGCAGUAUUACCAAGUAUUUGGUACACAAGACGCCUCAACUCAGUCAAGCAGCCGAAGAUCAAUAGCUGAAGGAUCAAAUGCCAUCGAUACAAAAGCAUCAGAUUCGCCGAAAAUGCUCUCGAGAGGAGUUCUUAGGCGCGAGCCGUGCUUCAAAUGCGAACUACCAGUAUUUCUGGCUGAGCGAUUGACCAUCGAUGGCAGAGCGUAUCACAGGACAUGCCUAAAGUGUGCUCGGUGUAAUCAUCAGCUCACUCCGGGGAGUUUUUAUGAGACAGAAGUGGAUGGAGAGUUCUGCUGUGAGGUGUGUCCUGAUGAAGAGGUGAAGCAUCGUCGGUCUGAAGAGGAACAAAGUGCCUUGCCGGUGCCUGCGGAGGAGCCAACGGACAUGGAGAGGCAAAAUAGUUUGCUGAAGAAGUCACUAAGUGAUGAGGCGAAACGUGAGAGUCUCGAUAGAUUGAAGGGGAAGGAUCAGAAGUUCAUGUUGAGCUUCAUAGAGACACAGUUCGCCAGUGGGGAAUCUGUACAGACUGAAAGUGACAUGAUAAGCGAAACAUUGCGAACAAAUGACUCGAAUGCUGAAGAAAACAAUGAGACAAGUGUUAAGGAUAAGCUUAGAAAAUUAGUUUUAGAUGAUAAGGAAGCGCCUCGUGAAGUAUCGUCAGAGAUUCCAUGCCUUACCAAAGAUGAGGAGCAAAUGAAUGAUAAUGAAGAUAUUGAUGAUACUCCACCAAAUGUGCCAGCUUGCAACACAUCAAUACAAGUGCCUAUUGUAGAUUAUCAUGUAGAUAAGUCAGUUAGUAGUGCAGUGGAAGAGUCCAUUGAGGGACUCUCUAUGGAAGCAGAUAAAUCCAGUGACGUCCAAGAAAUUAAGGAAGUAGAAACCUAUCCCAACAAGUUGAAUCCUUUCGAUUCGGAUGAGGAGGAGGGAGCAACUGCGCGUGAGGAUAUAGGAAAAGCACAAAAUUUGAAUCCCUUCGAUAGUGAUGAUGAUGAAAUUGAGGAGGAGAAGAUGCAGAAGGAGCAGAAAUCUAGUAAUCCAUUUGAUGAUGCCUCAGAGGAUGAAGCAGCCAUUGUUAAGCCAUCUCCAAGGAGAACUCCAAUUCCAACGCCCAGGAAAACUCUGGCGAAAAACCCCAACCAGUAUCUUUUAGUGACACCAGGUGCCAUCGCGAAAGACUUUUAUGGGAGUAGUGCUUCUCUAAACUCCAGGAAUGAGUCACAUGGUUCGAUGAAUUCUUUGUCAUCCACUUCAACUGGCGGCGGAUUGGUGAGGCAUAAAAAGGGGAAAGCACCUCUGCCGCCUUCGUCAGAGGAGAAAUCUUCACCCAAAUUGAGUCCCAGGGCGAGAAAGAAACGUCCAGCGCCACCUCCGCCGGUUGUUGAAAAAUCUGCAGAGCCGAGAAGGAGGUUGAUCCCACUGGAUGAUGAAUUGCUGACAGACGGUGGAGUUGAGAGUGAACAAAGCCUUUUAGAUGCCUCAGAAGUGUCAUAUAGGCGCAAGAUUGUCCCCAUUGAAGUCUCAGAUACGGAAGAAUCCCAUGAGCGUCAAUGGGAGAAGCUGAAGGAUAAUAAGGACUCGAAGAAUCGCAACAGACGAUCUCAUAUCUAUCAAGGAGAUGAAUUAGAUACAAUGUACAGUGACAAGUCUGCACAUGGAAAGUGGAAGAAGCGUAAAGGACCGGCUCCAGCUUUGCCGGUGCCACCGAAGCGGGUGCUUCAGAUGCUGCCACUUCAGGAGAUUCUGCACGAGCUGGAGGUGAUUGAUGUGCAACAGCAGGGAUUGGAGAAGCAAGGAAUAACUCUAGAGAAAAUCAUAAGAGAGAGAUGUGAGGGUGUGGAGAAUGUGGAUACAUCUCUAAACAGUGACUCUUUGGCGAAAUUGCCAACGCAAAACACCAAAGAAGUGGAGGAUCUCAUAAUGCAAUUGUUCGAUCUUGUUAAUGAAAAGAACGAGCUGUUCCGACGCCAGGCGGAACUCAUGUAUUUGCGUCGACAGCAUCGAUUGGAACAAGAGCAGAUCGAUUUGGAGUAUGAGAUAAGGGUGUUGAUGGCACAGCCGGAGAGGAAUAAGACAGACUCGGAUAAAGCAAAGGAAGAGGCGAUGAUAUCGAGGCUGGUGGAAGUGGUUCAGCUACGGAAUGAAGUGGUUGAUAAUCUAGAGAUGGACAGAUUGAGAGAGGCAGAAGAAGAUUUGAGCAUCAAGCAGGAGAUUGAGCGGCACACAGCUAAGAGGGAUGAGAGCUUCAGGGAGGAGGUAUCGACAAAGUUGUCCAAGAAGGAGAAGAAGAAGCAGAAGGAGGCGAAGAAGCUGAAGAAUAAAAAGAUUGAUAUAGACAAGGAUGACGAUGAAACAGAAUCCAGUGGCACGAUAGUGAGGAAAAAGAAGAAAAAAUUCAUUAUCAUCUAGAGAAGUCUCUUUAUUUUAUGCACAGAGAGAGCUGCAGACAUAUUGGACAAAAAUUCAUUCAUUAAGAUCGUGCAAAAUUUUGUGAUGGCCAAUUCAGCGUCAAUUUUCGGAAUAGUUUUAUGGCAUUCAGUUGCAAAAUUUUCUAUUUUACUCGUUGCUGUAAUUCUGUAGAAAUAUUUUUGUAUUCUCAAUUAUACCCUUUUAAGUGGAUA